ACAUAGGAAUCUAGCUCUCUAGUAACCUUACUAAAAUGGUAGCCUUUAACAGUUUCUCUAAGCUCUGUGUAGUUGUGGCCCUCGGGCUCUCUGCCACUGUCACCUCUACUGAGGUAGCCCAGGAACAACCCAAGAAGGAAUCGUUCGUAAGCAGAUUCUUUGGUAAAAGAGACGAAACUGCCACUAAGCGUGUGGAAGUGCAAGAAAAAGAGAAUAGUGACAGUGAAGAAGAUAUUGAAACUGGAGAGCCAUCAAACUACUCUGUUGAAUGGUAUCUGUUACCAAAGCCCUUAAACAGAGCAACCCUUCGUUACAGAUUGCCGCGGGAUUUGUAUGAUGUUGUGCCACUGGACUGCAACAAACCGAUAGCACCCGAAGUGGAAAAGCGCAUUAGGAAUUAUUUUUCGUUGCAUACCAUUGAAUGGUAUCUGUUACCAAAGCCCUUAAACAGAGCUGCCCUACGUUAUUCGUUACCAUCUAAUUUGUCGAAAAAAGUUCCAGAAGAUUGUAGAGAACCAAUAAAACCCGAAGUGGAAGAACGCAUAAGAAAGUACUUUUCAUUGUAUGCCGUUGAUUGGUAUCUCUUACCUAAGCCUGAAAACAGAGCCACCCUGCGUAAUUCUCUACCAAGGGAUUUGGCCUCAAAGGUUCCGGAGGACUGUAAUCAACCAAUAGAACCCGAAGUGGUAGAACGUAUUAGGGAGUUCUUCUCGUUGUGUUCCGUUGAAUGGUAUCAUCUGCCCAAGCCGGAAAACGGAAAAUAUCGCCGUUCUAAGUUGCCAUGGGAAUUGUCCAUUGCCGUACCAAAGGAUGGCAACGAGACAAUAUUGGGUGCAGUGGAAAAACGUAGUUAAGAAGGUUUCCCCCGUUUUAUCCAAAGAAGAAAUGAAGUCACCCAUGGCCAUCAGCCAUGUAUUAAUAAAUCACCAAUCGUGGGAUACCUUGAUAAAAAUGCAGUUAUCAUAAUACCACGGUCUAUAGACUACU